CAGCUGGAGGCGUCACGAGCAAAAAGCCUGCGCCAGCCACCUGAUCGAUGUCAUACACCCAGGAAUCAAUCUCAUCCAGUCGUCAACGCUCCCUGAAUCACAAGUCCGAGACGAGUCUGUUUAACCGCUGGAUAUUGAUUCAGUGGUAGCUAUCAAUUUUUAACUGCGUUGUUAACUUGGCGCAGGUAGCCUGUGUGAGGCAGCGCCCCUAACGGUGAGUUUCCACUAGUCGUCUGCUCAACCACCUGUCACCUGCGAGCGCAAGUCAGAAAGGCGGGGAACGUAGGCAGCUGGAUCCUACAGGAAGUAGCACUUGCCAGCCGAAGGCUAGAAAUGGGAACAUGACGAAUGGAGGGAGCAUAUGGUAUUCAGUGUCUUUCGAAGGAAAUGGAUAUAUUUUACGGAGAACAUAUGAAUCAAAAUAAUCAAGUUCCUCAGAAGUUAACUUAAUGGUAUAGCCAUAAAUCAUUAUUAAUCAAGCGGUGUGUGAUGCUCGUGAGUGAUCGUCUGAAGAAGCUCCAGAGCGCGGGACACAGUUUCAGGAAACACCCAAGGAACAGGAGGACCCACCCGGAUCACACACCAUGGCUGCUGCCUCUCAACCACCCACCCUCAUCAACACCCCUGUGAUCGGUCUGUUUCUUCUGUUCGCUGGCACUAACCUGGUUACAUCGCAGACAUCCACAAUCCUAACCAUAGGUGCUAUAGACGCUCAAAAUGAGACUGAACCAAUGACCUACCAAGCUAUACAGACCAUCGGUUAUAACGCUACCUGGGGAAGCGAGCUGAAGGUGAAGGUCAUAUGGUCGAUCGCAAAAGUGAACGAAAGGUUUUCACUCCUCAAACAAGUCCGCGGCUUCAUUGACACCUCCGUUGACUUUCUGGUGCUCAAUGACAUCUUCUACGGAUAUUUGGAGGAGAAACACCACUUCGAGCUCCAGGACACGACAGUCGUUCACUACCAAGGCCAACUCAGCCCCUUUGUCUCCCCCAAGACUGCCGAUGUGAGCGUGGAGCCAGAUCCCUGGCGUAUAUGUGGCGCCUUCUCGUUUCUCAAAGACGGUAUCUCGCCAGACAGCAAUCAGUGUAAUGAGAAUAACGACGUCCAUCACGAUGACCGCCCCAUUGUGCCGGAUAUGGUGGACGUGGUGUUCGCAGUGCUCGAUUACCUACAGUGGAAGUCUCUCGUCAUACUGUAUGAAGAUGAAACAGCUCUUGAGGCGAUGGAGGUGUCGGGCAUGUUGUCGUCGGACAACGUUACAUACCAGGUGUACAGCGUCAAGCACUAUGAGAAUACCAUCGGCCUGCAUGACAUGCUCAACGUCAUCUACAACAAAACCAUGACCAGCAGCAACAACGUCAUCAACAUCGUCCUGAUGUGCUCUGAGGUCUGCGUCAAUAAAAUCAUCAAUAAGGCCAACGCCUUCGACGACGUCAACGGAAAGAAGACUGCCAUGAAGCUGGCGUCCAAUUGGCUAGUUGUUCUCCCCCACCCCAACAACGCCUACGUCGAACAGUGCGGCAUGGACAUGGACAACAUCGCCGUCAUCACAUACCCGCCCAGCAACACCGUCAGCAACAUGACAGUUGGGUUGCCGCAGACGUUAGAGAAGGUCCUUCGUUUAGUCGGCUCCAACAACGACACCAACAACGUCACAAUGGACGACAUCAGACAUAAUGCCAGCGUCACACUGAUGCAGUUGCUGGAAUCCCAGGCACAUUGCUGGCGGAGCGACGUCUCCACGUUACUGUGGAAGUCAGGAGGCGUCAGGCGCCUCAGCUCCGUUGGCUACGUUAAUCGGACCGGGCAUCUCAACAUCUACAGCGACGUGGAAAUCUUUCCAAACACCAACUUUGGCUUCAACAAUAGGUUGUUCAAUAUUUCAACGAACGUGUGGGAACCGUUUGUGAUCGAGACAAACACAACCGAGAAGUUUGAAGGUUUCUGUAUGGACCUGUUGAAGGAGUUAGCCUCGUCUCUCAACUUCAGUUACAACCUCACAAUGCCGAAGGACAAGGCGUGGGGAGCGCUCGUAAAUGGAAGCUUCAACGGACUUAUUGGACAGUUGGAGCGAGAGGAGGUAGAUAUGGUCGUGGCACCUCUAUCCAUCGAACCAGACAGGGAAAAAGUGGUGGACUUUAUUUUCCCCUAUUAUUACGAGUACACUACCGUUCUCAUCAAAAAGCCGGAUCCGAACAGGACUAAGUGGCGAACGUUAAUCGACCCCUUCAAGUGGCAGGUCCUCAUGUGCAUCUUCAUAGCACUCUUGGGGGUCACGACGUUCUACUUCCUAGUAGAGCGCUGGAACCCGUACUAUGAGGGCAAGAAAAAGGAAAAGUCCAUGUUCGGGGAUGCGUUCUGGUAUAUGUACGGAGCGUUGCUUACACAAGGAGGCGAGCACCUGCCGGACUCUCAGGCCGGACGGACAGUGGUCAGUUGCUGGUGGUUAUUCUCCAUCGUCAUGGCCGCCACCUACAGCGGCAACCUUAUCGCCUUUCUCACCGUCAACAAGGACAAACUGCCGUUUGACACCAUCAGCGAAUUGGUCGAGCAGACCGACUAUAUCUGGGGCACCGCGGGAGGCGGCACCUACUGGGAGACGAUGUUUGAGGUACCCCAGAAAACCAACAAAGCUGAGUUCAGACUGGCCUGGGAGGGGAUCAAACGGUUCAACGCCACAGACCCCUCCGUUCUGAGUCUCAACCCACUUGACCAUUAUAAUAAAGUGAAGGAAGGCUCGUACGGCUACAUCGCCGACAGGUCGAUGAUGGAGAGGUGGAUGGCGGAGUCCUGCGACCUACAGAUGAUCAAGGAGAACUUUUUCCCCCUUCAAUACGCUAUAGCACUUCCCAACAACUCCGCGUAUGUGAGCAUCUUCUCGGAGGAGAUGAUGCGCAUCUACGAGAGCGGGCUACUUCAGAUCUGGAAGAAGCGAUGGUGGUCUAAGAACAGUUUCUGCAAAGGUUCCCUCACAACCGAAGCCAAACCUAUAAUUUUGAUCGACGUCCAGAGUGCGUUCUACCUUAUCGGUAUCGGCGUGGUGAUCGCUGCCAUAGCGCUAGGGUGUGAGUGGUUGUUCAGGUACAUCAAAUGUCGGAAAUCCAAACCCGCACACAUGGCGAACUGUAACGGCCACAGCAAAGGCCACCUACCUAAGUUCGCCAAUGGUAUAAAGUGAGCCGAAUCUACGGGACCACUGUUAAUAAGGAUAUAAUAGUAUCGGAAAUGUGAAACUUAGCAAUUCUGGUUACCAUACGUCAUGACAUUUGUAUACCAUGGAGCGGUUUGCUUAUGAAGACAAACAGAUGCCGGGAGAUGAAAGCUGGUGCCACCGUGGGAUGAUGGCGCUGUUGGUGCUUUAACUGAUUCAACCAUUGGACUCAAGGCCUAGUCAUCCAGGCCUCGGCCGUGAUCAUGGCUACGGCAACAAUUGUUCUCAAAUAUGAUCUUCAUAUAUCACCGAUGCCAAAACAAACCCCCAAAUAGCUGUAUAUAGCUGUUCCGUGCACCUCUAUUGGCUUUGUUUAUUGUUUUAAAGAUUUUAUCGAAUCCGAACGAAAACUUCAAACCAUUUCGAGAGGAAAGUCCUGUUUUUUAGAGACGCACAAACGCUGUCUUCCAUGUAGAAUUUCGCUUUAAGUUCUUUUCCACACAACAAAAUACUUACCCUCCAUUGUAAAAGUGACAUGUAAGAUGAUUGGUAAAUAUAUUAUCCGAUAUUAAUCCUUAAACCAUAUAAACAUAUUGCCAAGAAAGGACAGGAAGAUGUUCUUACUGACGAAACUGCCGGGAAAAAGAAAGUAUACACAAAUGGAUGAUGGUAACCAAAGAUGAAACCAACAAGAAAUGCUAUACGAUGAUUCUGUGUGUUUGUUUGUUUGUUUGUUUGUUUGUUAUUUAACGCCGCACUCAGCAAUAUUCCAGCUAUUCCGGCGGUCUGUAAAUAAUCGAUUCUGGACUAGAAAAUUCAGUGACUGACAUAGA